AUGGGGUUCCAAAAAUCACCAGCCCUCGCGAAACCGAAGCCGGAAGCGUCCCCUAAACAACUGCCAAUGUCCACGCCGACCUCCGCCAAGCAGCAGCCAGGCCAGAAAGGCUCAGGCGCCGGCUUCUCCCGCUCCUUCAGCGUCUACUUCCCCCGCAGCUCCGCCCAAGUCCAGCCGGACGUGGCCGAGCUCCUCCGCGUCGUCGAGGAGCUGCGCGAGCGGGAGUCCCGGCUGAAGACGGAACUUUUGGAGCACAAGCUGAUGAAGGAGUCCGUGGCCAUUCUCCCCGUCCUGGAGCUGGAGAUCGCGAGCAAGGACUCGGAAAUCGAGCGGUGUAGAGCGAAGAUCGAGUUGUUGGAGGCGGAGAACGAGAGGGUGAGGCAGGAGAACGAGGUUCUGCACAUGGAGCUGACGAGGCAGAACCACAAGUACGAGGAGAAGAUCAAAUACAUGCAGGAGGAGUUGUUGGAUAUCAAGCGAGCUGUUUCGGAGCAGGAGGAGACGGCGUCCUCUUCAUCUUCAACCACGCCCAAAAUAGUCGGCAAUUACCAAAAGUCGAAUUCGUUAUCUGCAAGGUGUUUGAGAAAAUGCCCCACUGAAAACAACAGCAGCAGCAGUAGGCCCAGUUUGUGCGUGAAGAAGGAAGGUGAAUUGAAAAGAGAGGAAGUUUCUGAGAGCACGGAGAUACCGACGCACUCGAGAUGCAACUCUGAGGAGAUUCCAGAAACUUGGAUAAGGUCCCGAGCUCCGCGAGUCCCAAAGCCGCCUCCUAAGCCGUCGCCAUCUCUAUCCGUGUCAGUCUCCUCGCCUUCUUACGGCUCUUUAUCCAAUUCGGGCGAUCGUGCACUGGCAGAGAUAUCCAACAUUCCACCGCCUCCUCCUCCACCACCGUCUGCAAAAAUCGGGUCAUUUCCUCCCCCACCGUCUGCAAAAAACGGGCCAUUUCCUCCCCCACCGCCACCACCGCCGACCAAGGAAUUGAAGUCUAGGCCGGCGGCGGCAAAGGUCAGGAGAGUGCCCGAAGUUGUUGAAUUUUACCACUCGCUGAUGAGGAGGGAUUCUAAUUUCCGCCGGGAUUCUGGCAGCGCCGGCUGUCCCUCCGACUGGACGGCUGGGGCUGUGGCAAAGAAUAUGAUUGGCGAAAUUGAAAACCGUUCUUCGCAUUUGCUCGCGAUUAAGACGGAUGUAGAAACACAGGGGGAUUUCAUCAGGUUCUUGAUUAAAGAAGUUGAAGGCGCUGCUUUUACCGACAUUGAAGAUGUGCUGCCGUUCGUUAAAUGGCUAGACGAUGAGCUAUCCUACUUGGUUGAUGAGAGGGCAGUUCUGAAGCAUUUCGAAUGGCCUGAACAAAAGGCAGAUGCAUUAAGGGAAGCCGCAUUUGGAUACAGUGAUUUAAAAAAGCUGGAAACGGAUGCUUCGUCUUUUCGUGAUGAUCCCAGGCAGCCCUGUGCUUCUGCUCUCAAGAAAAUGCAAUCUUUGUUUGAGAAAUUGGAGCAUGGUUUAUAUAAUUUGUCCAGAAUGAGAGAAUCGGCUAUCAAACGAUACAAAUUGUAUCAGAUUCCAAUGAAUUGGAUGAUGGAUACCGGCUAUGUGAAUCAGAUCAAGCUAGCAUCCGUAAAAUUGGCCAUGAAAUACAUGAAGAGAGUGACGGCUGAGCUUGGUGUGGAUGAUGGUGGUGGCCCUGAAGACGAAGAGCUUAUACUCCAAGGCGUAAAGUUUGCUUUUCGAGUACAUCAGUUUGCGGGAGGUUUUGAUGUGGAGACAAUGAGAGCAUUUCAAGAACUCAGAGAGAAGGGCUCAAUCUUGCAACAUCGAAAAACAACGUUAACAUGA